UGGAAGCCAAAUGAAUUGAGGCUACAUUUGUUGCCGACAUUAGAAAAGUUGUACAGAUUGGAUGAGUCCAUCCCUUUUAGACAACCUGUUGAUCCAGUGCUCUUGCAGAUACCCGAUUAUUUUGACAUCAUAAAACACCCGAUGGACCUGUCGACAAUCAAACGAAAGUUGGACACAGAUGGUUACCAAGACCCAUGGCAGUAUGUAGAAGAUGUGUGGCUCAUGUUCGAAAAUGCUUGGAUUUAUAACAGGAAAACAUCGAGAGUGCACAAAUUCUCUACCAAGCUGUCUGAGGUGUUCGAAGGAGAGAUAGAUGGUGUGAUGAGGGCGCUUGGUUUCUGUUGUGGCAGGAAGUACAUGUUCUCUCCACAGGCUCUCUGCUGCUAUGGAAAGGCAAUGUGCAGCAUUCCGGUCAAUGCUGUCUACUACAGCCAUCAGAAUAGGUAUGUAUUUUGUGAAAAAUGUUUCUUGGACAACAAGUCGGAAGAGAUGGAAUUAAAUGAAGAUGCUACACAGCCCAACAUACGCAUAAGGAAAGAGUUAUUUGAGAAAACGAAAAACAAUCAAUUAGAAAUGGAGCCAUUCAUAGAGUGCUCACUCUGUGGCAAGAAACAACACCAGAUAUGUUCGUUGUACUUGGAAGCUGUUUGGCAGGGCUCCUUUGUAUGUCAACAGUGUUCAACUGCCAACAACAUCAAGAGAAAGGAAAAUAAAUAUACUGCAAAAAGACUGCCACAAACGAAACUUGGAACUUAUUUGGAGGCCCGAGUGAAUUCGUUCCUAACAAAAAGUGAUUGUGGUGCCGGAGAGGUGACCAUCCGAGUUCUUUCCAGCUCAGAAAAAACAGUGGAAGUUAAGCCAUUAAUGAGAGGUCGACAUGGAGAUGAGAUGCCAGAUUCCUUUCCAUACACAGCCAAAUCCAUAUUUGCUUUCGAAGAAAUAGAUGGAUGCAGUAUAUGCUUCUUUGGAAUGCAUGUACAAGAAUAUGGGUCAAACUCUCCUGCUCCAAAUGCUAGGCGUAUAUACAUUGCCUACUUGGACAGUGUAAAUUUCUUUCAACCUAAGCACAUGCGGACUCCCGUUUACCAUGAAAUACUCAUUGGCUACCUUGAUUAUGUUAAAAAAUUGGGUUACGCGACAGCUCAUAUUUGGGCCUGUCCGCCAAGUGAGGGAGACGAUUACAUCUUCCACUGCCACCCUCCCGACAUGAAGAUCCCAAAGCCAAAACGACUGCAGGACUGGUACAAGAAGAUGCUUGACAGAGCUAUCAUGGAAAAAAUUGUCGUCGAUUAUAAGGACAUCUUGAAGGAUGCGGUAGAGAACAACAUCUCCAGUGCCACUGAACUUCCAUACUUUGAAGGGGAUUUUUGGCCGACGGUUCUCGAGGACAGCAUCAAGGAGUUGGAGUUUGAGGAGGAGAAGAGGAAGAGAGAG